UAGACCACAACUAACAGAAGAACAGAAGACAACACGAACACAUCCACCCGGCACCCACACAAAUGUAAAAAAAGACUGACUUGUUAAAGGUAGAAAAUUUAAAGUUUUUAUUGAUUCAUUUUAAUAUCGCGUCACAUAUGGUUCUUGUUGAAGUUGAAAGCAAAGUUCCAUAGUUUUAUCUUCGAUUAUUUGAAUAAGUUACCUAUUGAAGGUUACCAAAACAAGGUAGGGAUCUAGGCCUACUUGCAUAUCGGACUAAAACUUUAGGUAAAUUUUAGGGUUUUAGGUUUUAGGUUAUGUAUUCCUAUGAGGAGAUUUUUGUCAGGCCUAAUUAUGCCCAAUGAACCUGAGAAGGUGGUUAUGAACAAUAUUUUUGUUUGCAACGUAAAUACGUAAGUCUCAUCCUUCUUGUUAAUUUACUACUCUCCGUAUGGACUCAGAGCCAGUUAUGGCUGAAGAAGAGUUACCUAAUGAUGCAUGUACAGAUAAGGACAAGAAAAGUAAAAAGUCCAAGAAAAGCAAGAAAAGAAAACAUUUGUCAAGUGAUAGCGAAUCCACUACUUCCCCAAAGAGGCUAAAGAGUAAAAAACACAAAAAGAAGUGCAAGAAGAAACAUAAACAUUCCAAAGAUAAGAAGCAUAAAUUAGAGGGGACUAUCCAAGUAACUAAGCCUGAAGCUGAAGGAGACACCAUAGUAGGACCUGAAGUCCCAAAAGAGAUUCUCGAGAAGUCUCAGACAAUGGCUCCUCUGUCCAAAGAAGAAUGGGAGAAAAAACAGAACACAAUCAAACGUGUUUUUGAUAAGACAACGGGUAGAUCAAGGCUUAUCAGAGGUGACGGAGAAAUCAUUGAGGAGAUUGUAAGCAAAGAAAGACAUCAAGCUAUAAACCGCCAGGCUACUCAAGGAGAUGGUGACUUCUUUCAAACCAAGAUUAAAAAGUAUGUUUGAUAUCCAUUAACUUACCUGUUGUGUGACAUAAUUGUACCCUUUAGAGUUUGAACAGUGUUAAUAAAAUGCAGAUUGUGAAUGAAAUGUUAA